AUGGCGACACCUAAUAAUAUUCCAGACAGCAGUCUUGAUUUCUUUGACAUAUCGACAUAUGAGGAGACGGCCAAGUUCCUGCAAGGCAAGCUGCCGGCAGCGUUGAAGGAGCCUCAAGUUGCAGUCAUUUGUGGAAGUGGAUUGGGAGGGCUUGCAAACACCUUGAAGGAACCGAAAGUCGAGCUUGAUUACAAGGAUAUUGUCAACUUUCCAACGAGUACAGUGCAAGGACAUGCCGGAAAGCUUGUCUUUGGUAUGCUAUCUGGAGUGCCAACAGUGUGUAUGGUGGGACGAUUUCAUAUGUAUGAAGGUCACCCUUUGAUCCGAACGGUAUUCCCAGUUCGAGUCUUUUCAUUACUGGGAGUCUCAACUCUGAUUGUCACCAACGCUGCUGGUGGCCUGAAUCCAUCAUACUCCAUAUGCGACAUCAUGCUGAUCGAAGACCACAUAUCCAUGGUCGGUCUAGGCGGUGGAUCAGCCCUCAUAGGACCCAACAUCACCGGCUUUGGUCCACGCUUCCCUCCAACAUCAGACGCAUACGACUACGAACUACGCCUAACGGCAAUGAAGGCAGCCAUAUCAAUCGGACUCUCACCAGACAUUAUUCGAGAAGGCAUAUACUGUUUUGUAGCAGGCCCCAGUUUCGAGACACGUGCUGAAGCUCGAUUCCUCAAGGGGAUUGGAGGAGAUGCAGUAGGGAUGAGUACAGUUCCAGAAGUGAUUGUAGCGCGACAUUGUGGGAUGCGUGUAUUGGGAAUUAGUCUUGUGACUAAUAAUGUGUUGCAGGGGCAUGGCAAGUCUGCCAGAGAGACCGUGUUGAGUGGUCUUGUUGAGAAUGGAGGUGUUGAGGAAGGGGUUGCUAAUCAUGAAGAAGUACUGGCUUCAGGUGAAAAGAGGGCAGCUGAUCUGCAGCGCCUAGUGUCCAAGAUUGUGGAAACAUUGCCAGCUACAAAGUAG